UUUAAUAUAUUUGACAAAUUCUCUACAUGUCGCCGAGUUGCCAGGCAAGAGACACUGGUAAACAUUCAGACGGCCCGAGGAAAAACUAUUGCACUUUGUCAUCUGUAAUGAAUGGCAUGAGCAUGUCAUAGCAAGUGGUAUGGAUUAGCAAAUUAAACCUUGAGCAGAAACAGCCUACCUGUAAUUGUGUACAGGGUAAUUCACAAGAUCAGAUGUUAAAGGUCUACAAUACAGACCAAGACCAGGAUUCAAAUCUGAAGGUGUCAACUAUUGGACGAUCACCAGGACAAUCUCACCAACAAAUAAAACAUCAGCUUUUCACUGCAAUUACUAUCAAGACAUGCAAGGCAUUCAGUGAAAAGUGAAUCCAACUAAAACUGUUACCAAAAGGUCAUAAGAACAUUCCACAUCAUGUCGGCCAAUGAAAUUGUAACCACAGCGACCACCUCCGAGGUCACCUUAUCUGUUGUCAUGGUGACAGUACUGGUCCUCCUGGUGGUUUGUAACCUCUUUAUGUACACAGUGAAACGCAUGCUCACGGACCCUAAGUUCUGUUUACGUCAGAUGGUCCAACGCUACACCCAGAAAGUUCCUCGAGUUCGGGUCUUAGAGGUACAUCCCAAACCCAGGACCCCGUCCCUGAUUGGGCACAGCCAUGCAGACCUCAUAUCCUUGUUAUCUCAUUCAGCUAACCUACAGCUGGAAGGUAUAUCAAGAGAAACAGCUUACUCUCCCACAUUACAGCUUGAAAGUGCAACAAGGGAGACAAUUCAUUCUUCUUCACUACAGGACGACAGCAUUACAAGGGAGAUUACUCCUGUAUAUACGAAGGAUGAUACAUGGGAGGCAGCGAAUAUCAACAUGACUAUCAACUGUGAAAUGCAGAAAGUUGAGUUCAUACAGGAGGAUGUGAGGAAACAGGUCAUGUCUGAUCCUACUGACAUACAAAAUAUGACAGACAGCAAUUUACAUGUACCACCAUCAAGAAAACAUAAAGAAAUUCAACAACCAGUAGAGGAAAAGAAGCAGAAAGAAAAUGGACAAAAUACAAAACAUACUGUACCAUUCUCCUCCAAAGUUUUAAAUUUGAAUAAGGAUAAAGUACAAUCUAAAAUAGCUAACAAAGAUAACAGAUCUAUAUCCAAGGGAGACAACUCAUUGACAACACCAUACUCUGAUAGUAUGAAUUUAACGUCUGACAAAAGGACACCUGCAACAGCAAAGGUUGGAGGUGUCAGACCUAGAAAGCAAAUAUCAGGACAGAAAGAGGCUGCUGUGUCAAACAGUGUUGUGACGCAAGAACAGUACGCCACAAAUGUGAAACAAGAGAACAUUGUAAACGGAAACCGGGAGAAUGAAGGACAUAAAGAUGGCGCUAACGAGAAAGCUAUAGCAGGUGAUGUACUUAUAAAGACCAGUGGUCCCGUGGUACACGUGGCAGACAUCAACACUUCAUCAACUAUUAUACGCUGUCAGGAGACUGUGUCUAAAGGCUGUCAGGAGACUGUGUCUAAAGGCUGUCAGGAGACUGUGUCUAAAGGCUGUCAGGAGACUGUGUCUAAAGGCUGUCAGGAGACUGUGUCUAAAGGCUGUCAGGAGACUGUGUCUAAAGGCUGUCAGGAGACUGUGUCUAAAGGCUGUCAGGAGACUGUGUCUAAAGGCUGUCAGGAGACUGUGUCUAAAGGCUGUCAGGAGACUGUGUCUAAAGGCUGUCAGGAGACUGUGUCUAAAGGCUGUCAGGAGACUGUGUCUAAAGGCUGUCAGGAGACUGUGUCUAAAGGCUGUCAGGAGACUGUGUCUAAAGGCUGUCAGGAGACUGUGUCUAAAGGCUGUCAGGAGACUGUGUCUAAAGGCUGUCAGGAGACUGUGUCUAAAGGCUGUCAGGAGACUGUGUCUAAAGACUGUCAGGAGACUGUGUCUAAAGGCUGUCAGGAGACUGUGUCUAAAGACGCAACUUCAGGGUCAAAAUCUCAACCUGUUUCCAAUAUUGAACCUGAAACAACUAAUGGUUCCAACAUUGGUCAUGGAACAGUGCCUGGUUCUGACAUUAAUCAUGGAAAAACCUCUGGUCCAAACACUGGACCUGGAACGCCAACUGGUCCCAGCACUGGACCUGAAACACCAACUGGUCCCAGCACUGGACCUGAAACACCAACUAGUCCCAGCACUGGACCUGAAACACCAACUGGGCCCAUCACUGGACCUGAAACACCAACUGGUCCCACCACUGGACCUGAAACACCAACUGGUCCCAGCACUGGACCUGGAACACCAACUGGUCCCAAUAUCAGACCUGGAACACCAACUGGUCCCAGCACUGGCUCUAGAACACCGACUGGUCCCAGCACUGGACCUGAAACACCAACUGGUCCCAUCACUGGACCUGAAACACCAACUGGUCCCAGCACUGGACCUGGAACACCAACUGGUCCCAGCACUGGCUCUGGAACACCAAUUGGUCCCAGCACUGGCUCUAGAACACCGACUAGUCCCAGUACUGGACCUGGAACACUAACUGAGCCAAGCACUGGACCUGGCACAAUCUCUAGAUCUGAUUCUGAAAUUGGACAGAUAAUACUGACAAACACCUAUGAUACACCUGUGAUUAAGUUCUUCAAGGAAAUGAAAAGUGAAAGUAUAGAAACACCAGAAGAGAUGACGAUCAUCAAAGGACAGGUUACAGGAGAAUCAGAGGGGAUGAAUGGACAAACAAACAAACAAGUGGGGCACGAACAGGGAGGAAACCCAAACCUGUCAGAGGUAAACAAUUAUAGCAGAGGAAAUAGAAAUACAGAUUCUGAGGCAGAGAUAAAAGGGGGACAGAUUGUUACAGAGAAUGGAACAGAUGAACAAAGUAUCAAGGAAAUCUGUUCUACUUCAGAAAACGAUGAAAGAGAAUUACAGGAUAAACAGAUUUACACUGGAAAAACGGACAGAGAAAUUCCUAACAAGAUUGAGUCGGAAGUACAGGAUCUUGUUAACGAAGCUACAGGAAACCAAAUGACUGGUGCACCAGCGGCAGCUGACACCAAAGACAGUAUUAAAACUGAUAAAGAGGGAAACACAGAAGGGACUCCGAUCAAGUCUGGAGUAGAGGAUCAAAAAGGUGAAAGUGAUAGCUACAGAAAGAUGAAUAAGCUUUCAGAAGAAGCUAGAGAGGGCGACACAAGCAUAAAUACAGACAUUGAGAGAGAAAUAGAGACUGCCACAAAUAAAAAAGAACAAACAAAGACAGAAGAGAUAGAGGAAAAAGAUCAAGUGCAAUUAUUGAGUGAAAGUGAUAGUGAAAUCAAGACAGAAAAAGAAAGGAAAGAAGAAUUGAAGGUAUUUCUUAACACUGAAAGCAAGAAUAUAACGAAAGGGGUACGGAAUGUGGAAGAUUCAAAAUCAUCAGUGGAAUCAGAGGUUGAGAAAGACCUGACAGAGUAUAUUAGAUCUAACACAAUGGAAACACACGAUAAUGUUGAUGACAAAGUGGAGGAUGAAGUUGUUGAUGAGAAAGUUGGUGAUAAUGAUAAGGUUUCAUCACUGAAGGAUGCCAAGCCUACAACAAACAACAAGAGCAGUAAACAGGAAGUAGUAACAACAAAAUCACAGGCCGUCCGGGCCAGAAACAUGGCAUCUAAACGCAACGGCAAACGCUUCAAACAGCUCAAACUAACACAUUAACAGUGUGAUUAUCAAAGUUGAUAUAUUGACCUUAGGAGAUGAUUACAAGUUAAUAUCUUAACCUUAGGUGAUGGUCACAAGUUGAUACUUUGACCUUAGGAGAUGGUCAACAAUUAAUAUCUGUAUUAAUCUUAGGUGAUGGUCACAAGUUAAUAUAUUAACCUUAGGUGAUUGUUUUCAGUUAAUACAUUGACCUAGGUGAUGGUCACACAAACCAAAUGGUACAAGUUAUUAUAUAUAGACUUAGACUGAGGUUGUAAGCCAAAGGUCACAGGUUAAGACAUCAGCCAUUUAAAAAGUUUUACAUAAGCAAGAACAUUACAGAUUUUACUUGCUCAACUGGAAAAAUCUCAACCAAUGAUAUGAAACAGUUGACAUUAAAUUCACCAGGAAAGUGUGGCUUGUCCAAUUCAGUGAAAUACAACUACAAUACUGAUUUAUUUUAUGACUGUGUUAUUGAAUAUCAACCUGGACAGUUGAGGUUAGAAAAAACAUUUACAAGUUUAAUACUUCUGGCAAUAUAAAUCAGAUAAUUUAUUAUUAUUAAACUCCUGGAAUGCAAAAAGAUAAAAAAGAUUUGUCAGUGUGACCUGAUAGAUACUUGGUAUCAGAGACUUAACAACAGAUUCCUACUUCUACAAUCGUGUGUGAGAUAUAGAGGGAGGUACAAUGUUCCUACUUAUACAAUCGUGUGUGAGAUAUAGAGGGAGGUACAAUGUAACAUCGAUGCCCUAAAUAACUUUACAAAACACUCCACCCUACAUUUAUCUGUUAUCUGAUAACUAUAAUGUAAAAUUCAUCAAAUAUUUCACCUUUAUACUUUUUUGUUUUUAACUUUCUAUUCAGAAGGCUUCUGUUACAAUAUUUUCAAAUCAAAAUUGCUUGUUCAGAAAUCUUUUAAGCAUAUAUGGAUACAAAAUGUCAUGAUUGGUUUUACAUUACCUUGCUGUGGAUUUAUCCCUGUAACUGUAUACAUGUAUGUGGAAUACUUACCUGAGAUUUCAUGAUAAAGUAAGGGGCUUUGUUGGAUUCUGUGGGAAUUUCAUAAAAACCAUGUGACUCUUAAUUCGAGGAGACCAUGAAACUUUAAAGAACACCAUGGGAUUCUGUGGGACACCGUGGGACUCUGUGGGACACUGUGGGACUCUGUGGGACACCGUGGGACUCUGUAGGACUCUACUAAAUUUGUUUGUUUUAUUGUUUUGGGAGGGUGCAUGGACGCCUAUGAGACAGUGGAACUCUAAAUAACUCUAUGGAACUUUAUAGGAUUCUGUGGGUUUCUAUGGGAUACUAUGGAACUCUACAGAAAUAUUAGGCACAUUGUGAGUCUAGGGAAAUCCAUGGUACUCUGUCCCACAUAUAUGUUCACAAUAACGAGGUAAUAAAAAGGUACAUUUAAACUUGCUGGUUAAAUUCGGAUCCACAUUUAGUUUUUUUUUUAUCUUUACAAGGAACUACAUACUUUAAAAUAAGAAUGAAUAAUUAGGUAAACCAUUUAUACUGAUACUACUGAAAAAAUGACUUCAAGUGAAUUUUGGCUAGUUAAAUUUUAUAAAACAAUAGUCUUUAUCUUAAUAUAUUUAUUGUAAGUAAAAACAAAGGAAUUGGACAAAGAGAUUAACCUAAAAUAUAAAUGACCUCAAACUGCUUUGUUCUUUUAGGCAAUUUAACAAUCAUUUUGAUACACCUGGAAAAAGGAACCUUUCUUAAAUUCACCAUUGUUUUAUUAACGGAUCUACAAUGGAGAGAAAUGAAUUCCUGUCAGUGCAUUAUGACUAUAACAUUGUUUUUCUUAGGAAUUUUCAAUGGAUCAAUAAAGUACUGAG